AUGGAGGAGCACGUCCCACCGGAUAUUUUCUACAAUGGUUUUCGUCAUUUUCUAUCUGGUUACACCCAUAAUGCGUUAUUGGCAGAACAAGGUGGUGUUAUAUUUGAGGGAAAAGAAGAUUUGGGUCCUCAACCACUUAGUGGAGGUUCAGCAGCACAAAGUUCAACAUUUCAUGCUAUUGAUGGAUUUCUUGGAAUCAAACAUGCACAUGACAUAGAAACAUUUCUGGCACAUCAUCGUGAAUACAUGCCACCCAAGCAUCGUGAGUUUAUCGCAUGGGUUCGAGAAAAUGUCGCCAAAAUUCCGAAUUUACGGAAUGUUCCGGGUUAUCAUGAAGCUCUUGUUGCUGUUAAGAAAUUCCGAGAAGUACAUAUUAGCGUGGUAACAAAAUUUAUCGCUUUACCAGCGCAAGGGAAUUCUAAAGUGGGCACCGGUGGUUCAUCAUUUAUGCAUUUGUUGCAUAAUAUUGCCAAUGAUUGCACUCUGUGA